CUUCUUUCUCCUCUCGUGUCACUGUAUUUUUACAAAUUCAAUCUCUGAAAAUGCUGGCAGUUUUUGAUAAUACGGUUGCAAAAUGCCCCGAAGCUUUGCAGAGUCCACAUUCGGGCGGUUCGUCUUCAUCGGCUCUAAAAGAUGGAUUCUUGGCUAAGCAUUUUGGGUCAGUCCACCCUGCUUCUGUCACUCUCAAUCUUGGCUCGGCCGGUCUUAUUGCUUACUCUCUUGAUAAGCAAAACCCUCUUCUCCCUCGAUUAUUUGCUGUUGUGGACGACAUUUUCUGCUUGUUCCAAGGCCACAUUGAGAACGUUGCUGUUCUUAAGCAGCAGUAUGGCUUAAGCAAAACUGCAAAUGAGGUGAUCAUUAUUAUCGAAGCUUACAGAACCCUCAGAGAUCGGGGGCCUUAUCCUGCUGAUCAGGUUGUCAGAGACAUCCAAGGGAAAUUUGCUUUCAUUCUAUAUGAUAGUGUUUCAAAGGCUACAUUUACAGCCUCUGAUGUUGAUGGAAAUGUACCCUUCUUCUGGGGAGCCGAUUCUGAUAACAAUCUUGUUAUUUCCGAUGAUGCACAGAUUUUGCAACAUGCCUGUGGGAAAUCAUUUGCACCAUUCCCCAAAGGAUGCUUCUUUACAACUUCUGGAGGCUUGAGGAGCUAUGAACACCCUCUGAAUGAGUUGAAGGCAGUUCCUAGAGUGGACAGUUCCGGUCAGGUUUGUGGUUCAAAUUUCAAGGUGGACUCGGAGACUAAGAAGGAAGGAGGCAUGCCAAGAGUUGGGAGUGCUUAUGACUGGUCUUCCAACUAUUAAGGAGCGUUUAAGCUGUUGCGCGUUGUUGUUUUCUGAACUUACAUUCCCAGCUUUGAUGAUUUUGUUGCACCAUUAUAUCUCAAACUUCAUACUGUUAUUAGCACUUGCAAAAACAGAUCAGUAAUUCACACUGCUGUAAAUGCUUAUUGCCAUCCAACUAAGCCCAGACUUUGUAGGGUAUAUCAUAAAAUAAGAUUUCUCUUGUAA